CAACAUUCAGAACAUCCACAAACAUUCCGCAUUUCACAAAAAUUUUCCAUAAAAAAAAAUCCACUGGACUUAGGAACUAAGGAUCAACUUUUUAUUUUAAGUUCAAAUGUCUCUCAAAAUGCGAACAUCAUAUAAAACACUGUACCUGACAUUCAUUCUGUCAUCAAUUUGUAUAUUUCUGUAUCAGUAUCAUAUGGCGAUACCUAGGAUGAUAUCAUUGCAGCAACAAUCAAUUAAUGACGUUAUAACAACAUCAUCAUCAACAUCAACAACCACAACAACGACAAAUCUUCCUCCAACAGAUAAAUCAGGCAACAAUAAAACCACACAAUCAUCAACAGAUCUCCUAUCCUCUAAUCAGUUUUCAUCAUCGAAUAAUUUAACAAAACAAUCAUUUACAAGUAAACAUUCACAUAAAGCUUCUCCUACUUCUACUUCUACUCCUGUGACGCCUCAACACAAUCCAUCAAAUAAUCAUUCGCCUAUUUUAAAAACAAACAGUGUGAAAAGUUUUACGUCUAGCAUAAAUCCAAAUCUACCACCAAUCUACAUAAUAACACCAACAUAUAGGAGACCAGAGCAGUUGGCAGAAUUAACACGACUCGGAUACACAUUGAAGCAUGUUCCAAAUAUUUUUUGGCUUGUUGUCGAGGAUGCCGUGGAGACGACACAAUUAGUUACGAAACUUCUUCUGAAACUCAAUAUUCCGUUUGCACAUUUACUUGCCCCAAUGCCUGAAAAAUAUCGAAAAAAUAAAGUGAAACCACGCGGUGUGAGUAACAGAAAUCGCGCCCUUGAAUGGAUAAGGGCGAACGCAACGGAGGGUGUGCUGUAUUUUGCAGAUGACGACAAUACUUAUGAUGUGGAAAUAUUUGAUGAGAUGCGGUAUACAAAAAAGGUUUCCAUGUGGCCUGUUGGACUUAUAACUAAAUACGGUGUGUCGACACCGAUUGUGAAGAAUGGAACUAUCGCAGGAUUUUAUGACGGUUGGAAUGGAGGUCGAAAGUAUCCAGUUGAUAUGGCCAGUUUUUCUGUAUCCGUGCGGUUUCUACACUCACGACCGAAUGCUAGCAUGCCAUAUAAGCCUGGCUACGAGGAAGAUGGAUUUCUAAAAAGCUUGUCGCCUUUAAAACUGACUGAAAUUGAAUUACUAGCAUCAAAUUGUACUGAGAUACUUGUUUGGCAUACACAAUCAAAGAAGAAUCCAAAUGCGAUGCCCCUAGAUACGGCGAAAUACAAUAGCACGAAUCUCAUACAGUUAAGACAAAUUAUAGUGUAACAUGCAAAAAAAUAAGCAAAGUGUACCGAAAUGGACGGUGUUUGUGUUUAUUUCCAUAAAAUAAUAUUAAACUUUUAAUCAAUGAGGUGCUAAAAUAAUUUUUUUUUUAUUUUCUAUUCUGUGAAAAAAAAAAAUUGUGAGAUGAAUAAUAAAAAAAAAGUAUAA